GCGCCAGCGCCCGUGCGGCAGCGAGCAGCAGCGAGACGGUGCUGGGAGCAGGCUAUCGGCCACGGAUAGUGCUGCGUCACCCCUUCUGCACAUAUGCAGAGGCGCAGCUCCGGCAGCAGCAGCGCAGCACUGCCGAAGCUCGCAGAGGCGGGAAGCGGCGGGAAGGAGAGAGGCCGCCGCCCACGCGAAGGCGGCGCCGCGUGUCCAGCAGCAGCAGCAGAAGCCGGCGCCGCACGCUCUUGCCGCACGUCAACCAACCCCGUCCUCACUUGUUCUUCUCAGCAGCAGGCGCGCUCCACCGCUCCACAGCACACACUCGCGCACUCCACGGCCCGCCUGCCUCCACGCUCGCCGCCAUGUCUCGCCGUCCCGCCGGCCGCAUCUCCUCCGGCGCCCGCGCCGCGCCCUAUGCCGUGCGUGCUGCUCAGCCGCCGUGGCUGGCCACGCAGCGCUGCUCCGCCCGUCUGCUGACCUCUGCCGCAUCUCUCUCUUUGCUGCACACACACAGCGUCCGGCAGGUCCGAAUCGCUCGGCGUCGGGCUCGGGCAGCCGCAUGGCCUCGCGCGAUGCCUGGGAGGA